UAUGAAGACAACAGAAGAAGAGGAGAUAUUAACAGUGGAAUACAACGGUUAUUUCUUAUGAAAGUUUAUUAGCAUUUUAUCACUGUUGUUGUUAUUAUCAUAAUUAUUAUUAUAGCCAAUUGCUAUGACGAUGGUGGAUUCUUCUUCUAUGGACUUUGCGAUAGGAAGUGGACUGAACACGUUACCGAGGAGGAAUCCGUCUCUUGAUUUUUACUAUCCCGCUACCAAGCAGGACGUUUUCGGCAUCGAUUCUGCGGGAUUGAGAUACAGAGAUAUUAACGGCAGAAAUAAGCGCAAUUCCAGCAAGAACAGACGUUUUAUCGCACUAUAGCAUUAGUUAGCGAAGACAGCGCAGUGUAUUUGCGUAAUGCGUAUGUGAACGUGUGGGUCAACACAAGAGAAUUACAGUGUAGUCUAAUGAAUGGGGAGAGGGGGUUCACCUUAUCACAAUACGAUUUCGUAAAAUAACAAUAGCAUUACACUAAUAAUGGUUAAAUUAGGUUGGGUUACCUAAACUGAAAUACUCUUAAUCUGUGGCAAUUGUUAUGUUUGAGCACAACCCGCACUGUAAAGAAAAACAACACGUAUUUAGUAAGAGGGAGACAACAUGAAGUUCAGACUCGAAUAGCUCCUGCUGCUUAGAUGAGCACUCCCCUCGAGAUGUAUUUGUACCGCUUUCUAUCACAUGUAUUUACCUAAAGAAGCUUCGGGUUGGUGUACCGGUGUACUGUACAUCGCAUAUUUAACCUCUCCAUUCAAAUUCUUAAUGAUGCCAUUAACGCUCAUGCAAAUUAUUAUUCACGCAUGUACAGUGCAGACUGAAAUAUACAAAAUAAGCUGUCGGUCUUACGGUUUUACAAUACAAUCGCUAAAGAUAUAGUCGCUGUAUUACUAUGUUACCACGUAUAACUACCCCUCAAUUCGCUAUCUUAAAAUAGCUGGGAGCUUUUUGACUCCUACUGGUGUGUGAUUACUCUUGAUUAUACGUUCAGCGAUGAACGGGGUUCAACCGCCAAGGCCGCAUCAUACAAGGACUCAACAAACACGCACAGGCGGUAAAAUUUAGAAACACUUAAUGUCAAACGACACACGUUUCUUUUAUCCGCAAUUGUAUUUCUAAUAUGCGGCGAGAUGCAAACUAAAUGAGCGUCACUUCAUGAAUUUCUUCUUGCAAAGUAAAACUAAAUCCUGUUGGUGUUAGACCAGUGUAAUUUGUCGUGAAAAGUGACCCAAUUACACUCUGUGUUUUUCAGUUCAGGGAUGGGUACAAAUAUGAAAAUAUUGUUGCAUUGUUUUGAAUCAAAUAAUGUAAGUUCUGCCUUUUACAAGGAUGUGGACCUCCUAUAAUCUAUUACAUUUUGGUGCUGGUUUUUACAUUUGUACAUACCAGAACUGGGAAGUUUUCUCAUUCACAAGGAGACAGGGUCAUCUCCAGGUUUGUCAUAUGUAUCCAUGGCACCAAAUAUAAACAACUGAAAUGUGAAAUGGCAAAUCAUACUCAGUCACAUCACCAUACUGGACUCUGAUGGUGCAGCACCUGUAGCAAAAAAAAAAGGAAAUCAGGGAUUUGAUGUGUGGCCGAUGACCUAACCUCCAAGGAAAUCAUUUUAUCUCUGACCAGUGGGAACCUUGCCUAACCAACACCUCACACUUUUUUGGGACUGGCAUAUCCAUUUUUGUCUUAGGUGCACUAAGCUUUCCCCUCAAGAUGCUCUAUAAUUUGAAUGAUACUACAGCACGUUUUUAGAAGCCUGCUUAUGAACAUUGCAUCACAGCUAAAAUGGUACUAGAUCUGCUGGCUGUCUGAUUGGCAGGUUUUGAGCGAGGUCAGUGGGAAGGUUGGGGCUGAUGGCAGCAUCACUGUGCUCUAUCUCUCUGACAUUCAUGGAUUUACUGUAAGCAAGUCAGCUGGCAACCUGGCAUCCCUCAGAAACGGCCGAUCAGAAUAAAUGGUAACGGAUACAGGGCACUUCAGCGAUAAUAGGAGCUGUCCCAGCAGUGCGAGUGACAGUAAUGGGACAGUGCAACGGCAGCUUUCUCCAUUGAUUUCCACCCUCUUGAACAGAAAGGCUGGGAUUACUCAAUGGCUGUUGCAUGGAUUUUGUGUCAGUGUGGACGCAGAACGUGCCCCAGGUUCUGAGCCCGCCCCGCUGACCCGCGGGCAGCCAUGGACCCGCAGCAUGGGAGAGUGAACAGCCCUGCCGCCCCGCCCCAUGGCCCCGCCCACCACUUUGGCUGCCAGCCUCCCGCCUCCCCCAGCCCCGCCCAUGCCCCUCCCUCCUCCGGGCUGUCAGAGAACGGCAGCAGCUGGAACUCCUCCGCCUCCGGCUCGCCCGACUCCCACGCCCGCCCGGGCGAGCCCACCCGCCUGUGGACAGCGGUGUUCGACUACGAGGCAACGGCAGAGGAGGAGCUCACCCUGCGGCAGGGGGACCUGCUGGAGGUGCUCUCCAAGGACGCCAAGGUGUCCGGGGACGAGGGCUGGUGGACGGGCAAGAUCCGGGACAAGGUGGGCAUCUUCCCCAGCAACUACGUGACGCGGCGGGACCCGGGAUACCCGCAGCUCCCCUGGGGGGAGUGCCCGCUGGAGAUCGACUUUGCGGAGCUGUCCCUGGAGGAGGUGAUCGGGGCGGGUGGCUUCGGGAAGGUGUACAAGGGCAUGUGGGGCAGCGAGGAGGUGGCGGUGAAGGCGGCGCGGCAGGACCCGGACGAGGACAUCGCCGUGACGGCGGAGAACGUGCGGCAGGAGGCACGCCUCUUCUGGAUGCUGCGGCACACCAACAUCAUCGCCCUGCGGGGCGUGUGCCUGCGCGAGCCCAACCUCUGCCUGGUGAUGGAGUACGCCCGCGGGGGCGCCCUCAACCGCGCGCUGGCCGGCAGGAGGGUGCCGCCCAGAGUGCUCGUCAACUGGGCCGUGCAGAUCGCCAACGGCAUGGACUACCUGCACAACAAGACCAUCGUGCCCAUCAUCCACAGAGACCUGAAGUCCAGCAACAUCCUGAUUUUGGAGCAGAUGGAGAAGGACAACCUUUGGGGGAAGACCCUGAAGAUCACAGACUUUGGGCUGGCCCGCGAGUGGCACCGCACCACCAAGAUGAGCGCGGCGGGCACCUACGCCUGGAUGGCCCCUGAGGUCAUCAAGCUGUCGCUGUUCUCCAAGAGCAGUGACGUCUGGAGUUUUGGAGUGCUGCUGUGGGAGCUGCUGACGGGUGAGGUGCCAUACCGGGAGAUUGACGCCUUGGCAGUAGCGUACGGGGUGGCCAUGAACAAGCUGACCCUGCCCAUCCCGUCCACCUGCCCCGAGCCCUUUGCCCGCCUGCUGGAGGAAUGCUGGAGCCCGAACCCACGCAGCCGGCCCUCCUUCGACAGCAUCCUGUCGCAACUGCAGGCCAUCGAGCAGUCGGCCAUGUUCCAGAUGCCGCUGGAGUCCUUCCACUCCCUGCAGGAGGACUGGAGGCUGGAGAUCCAGCAGAUGUUCGACGAGCUGCGGGCCAAGGAGAAGGAGCUGCGGUCAUGGGAGGAGGCGCUGGCGCGGGCGGCUGAGGAGCAGCGGGAGCAGGAGGAGCAGCUCCGCCGGCGGGAGCAGGAGCUGGCUGAGCGGGAGAUCGACAUCGUGGAGCGUGAGCUCAACAUCAUCAUCCACCAGAUGUACCAGGAGAAGCCACGUGUCAAGAAGCGCAAGGGCCACUUCAAGAAGAGCCGGCUGCUCAAGCUGGGCCGCGAUGGGAACCGCAUCAGCCUGCCCUCUGGCUUUGAGCACAAAAUCACAGUGCAGGCCUCUCCCAGUGUGGACAAGAGGAAGACCCAGGGCAGCGAGAGCACCACUCCGCCCGCCAGCCCUGGGGUCAUCCCCCGCCUGAGGGCCAUCCGCUUGACACCCAGUGACGGCAGUAAGACAUGGGGCCGCAGUGCAGUGUGUAAGAAGGAGGAUCUGACGUCCAAUAAUAAGAAGAAAGGCCGCACCUGGGGCCCCAGCUCCACCCACCAGAGGGAGCGGCUGAGCGGGGAGGACAGAUUGAACUCUCUGAGUGACGGGGGUAAACAGUGGUCCUCCAGCGCCCCAAACUUGGGAAAGUCCCCCAAACACGCCCCUAUGAGCACGGCCUUCUCCAGCCUCAAUGAAAUGGAGGAAAACUGUGCGUUCCAGGACUCACCAGUGUCCCGGACGCCACUGGAGCUGGACAGCAAUGGUGCUGGGGAGGAGGCGGGGUCGUCGUGGGUGGGAGUGGGGCCCGGGACAGGUGUGCUGGACCCAUCCCGCCGAUGCAGCCAGCGCAAAAAGAGCGACCUGCUCCUGCUGGGCUGCGCCUCCCUGCUGGCCUCUGUAGCCCUGGGGCAGGACCUGCUGCAGCUGGGCCAGCUCCAGGUCUGCCAGGACGAACAUGACUUGCGGGAGGAGCAACGCAAAAAGAAGGAAGGGCUGUUCCAGCGGGCGGGGCGAUUUCGUCGUAGCACCUCCCCCCCAGGCCACGCCCUGUCGCUCUCCCUUUCUCACACCCGGCACCAAGAGUCCAUCCUGCCCAGCCUGGACCCCUCGCCCUCUGUCACCCUGAUCUCCCUCUCUUCACUGUCCGACUGCAACUCAACCAAGUCCCUGCUGCCCUCCGACCCCUCUGACCCCGCCCUGACGCCCGGCCGCACGCCCGGCGGGCUGUCCCCGGCCGCCCUGUCCCCCGCCCUCAACCCGCUGCUGGACCUGCGGGCAGAGAGCUUCAAGCGGGCGCCAAACCAGUCACUGACCCCCACGCAUGUGUCUGCCGCCAUGGCCCUCAACCGCGGCCACCACCGAACGCCAUCUGACAGUGCCCUCCGACCCCGCGCGCAGACCGUGGGCCACCGGCGCACCCCGUCCGACGGAAGCAUGCCCCUCCCCCCCUCCCCCGCUGCUCAGAAUUCAGCACAGCCCCUCUCUCCUGCUAUACAGCCUUCAGGUUUUCGGGAAACCCUGGAUAUUCCUCGACUGCCGGACCCCUCCACCCUCUUCCCGGUCAUUCAGAGGCGCAAGGCGCCCCCUCCCCCUCCGCCAUUCACAGAUGGCCCGACCAGCCCCGGGGCAGGGGGGACGUUGGAGAGGCCCAAGACCCUGGAGUUCGCCCCGCGGCCCCGGCCCACGGCGUCCCGAGCCCGCAUAGACCCCUGGAAGCUGGCACCCCUGUCCCGCACCCUCAGCUCAUCGCCAGGGAGCAGCUGCGACAGCCCGCUGGGGUCGGGCGACAGUAGCGCCAGUGCCAGCGCCAACAGGCCCUCGCUGCUGGACAUGGACAUGGAGGGACAGAGCCAGGACGUCACUGUCCCUCUCUGCAGCCAGCAUGUGCCGCCCGCGCCCCUCUGCGGCCAGCACUUCUCCUAGCACUCACCUCCUCGUCCUCCGCUGGCCAUGCCACCUGUCCUCCAUCUGCCCUCCCCCCAGGACCUCGCUGAUACCCUCCUGGACCCAGCAGCUGUUUAAGUUGCCUCCGUGUCCAAGCAGUGACUGACAAGAGCUGUUGUCCUUGCGCUUUUA